CCUGACUCCCUCCUCUGAUGAAGAGUCUGUUGAACUCGCCUGGCUUUGGAAUCACAGGAAGUUCAGGGUGAAAAACACUUGAAGGGUUGCUACUGCAACAUUUAAAGAUAUUUAAAUCUUGCAGGUCAUUUUCUGUGCAUUCUGUCUCGGACAGUACUACGACUUGAGAGAACGCAAUAAACUCACAAGAGCGGAGGCCGACAGGAAAAUAAAGAUUUCUUUGUCUGACUUCAUUAAAAAACAUCGGAGCUUAGCGGGGGCUGAGGCACUUUUUGGCUGGAUUGAGGCAGCGUCAGCAGCCAUUCCAUCUUGCUGAGUAACUGUCGUUCAUACUGCAAAUUUUGUCUUCGAAACUAAACUUAUCAAGUUAUUAUUACAAGUUUUACUAACUGCAUUCGAAGCAAACACACAGCUUAAUUAAACUAUUCCUAUUGGUGAUAAAUCCCAUGCAGUUUAAUGAUUGAAUGUAAACUGCAUGUUCUAAAAACAAGGACACAGGUGAGGUUUUGGAUUUAUCUGUAUGCCACAGUCUCAGUUAAAGCCCAGGCUGCAGUGGUAUAAAUAGAUUGGGCUGUGUGAGUGUUGCUGCCAUGCCCUUGUCUCAGGUCACUGUGUCUGAUCAGAGUUAACAGGCUAAUUGAUCUCAUGUCUGGUAUGUGUCAAUGCAGUACGUCCAACUCUCUCUCACUGUAGCCAGUGGUAUAUGUGGUAGUCCCCUAUAUUCGUAUCCUUCCCCACACCAGUAUUUGUGUAUAUUUAGCCCCAGAUAUGAGUGCUAACUCUUCACAUGCGUCCUCUUCAGACAUUGUAUCCUUUUGACAUUUUUCCUUUUUAAAUAGUGUCUAUUGAUAUUGAAGUUUACUGCAUGUCAUUGUGGCCAUUUUUUAAUAUAUAUAUAUAUAUAACAGCUAAAAUAUGUACAAUAUGUUUAGCAUACAAAUGGAAGUGAUAAUGUAAUGAGUAGUUAAUCAGGCACUCUUUAAUGUUGCAUGCUGUAGGCUUCACAUGAAUAAAUGUACAGUAACAAAUGCAUUUUAGUGAUCUGAAAAUGGAUGAAUGUAUCGUAAGGUCGGUCUCCAUCCAAUAAACAUACGUCUUGGUAAGUGAUGCUUCUUUUACACUAGUCGGGGGAAUCAGUUUCAAAGUAAUUUAUGUGCUUUAAAUACAGUAAAAUAAAAAAAGGCUAAAAAGAAACACAUAUGCAAUCUUAUGCUACAAUUUCCUGCAAUAUGGAUUCCCACCAGAUGGUAUAAAGAUAUUAUUAUUCAGUUAAUAUAGCAUUAAGUUUACAAUCAGAUUUUUUUCACAUUUUUCCUCUCAGUCCAGCUGAGGUUUGACUGAAACUGGGAUAUAAGUUAACUUCAGACAUAUUUAUCGAAAGGUCAGCCGGGAUGGUCACCCGAUCACAGUAGCUUUUAGCUUUAGCUUCUUAAACCUCAGCACAGGUUUGGCCAAACACAGACAACUACUAACUACCAUUGCUUUGUGGUCUCAGGUCUCUUCCAGUGCGCCAACAAGCUCUUUCUGAGUGAUCAGGCCACAGGACUGCAGAUCAAGGAGUUUGCACGUAAAAAUGCAGCUAAUGCGCUGUCAGUGGCCAACAUGGUCAUGGGCAUGGCCUCCAUUCUCAGCAGUCUUAAUGGGCACCAUCAUGCUGCAUGUUGGCUGGUUCUGAUUGGCUACCUGCUGGAUUUGGCAGAUGGAGCAGUUGCCAGGCGACUCGAUGCCUGCUCUGCACUGGGCGCCAAGCUGGAUGAUUUCGCUGACUUCACGACCUUCGGCAUCGCCACGUCGUUGCUCCUAAGGACAUCUGACCUGCUGGACAACAUCCUGUGCAUGUGUUACGUCCUGUCUGUGUUUGUCCGCCUCUGUUUCUUCUCAAGCGGGAUCCCGUUCAUGUACCGUGGCCUGCCCUGCAUCUACUCCUCCGCCAUCUUGGCCAGCGCCUCUCUGCUGUCAGGGGGAAACAUGGCCAUGCUGAGGGUCAUCGCAAUGGCCAUGAUCCUCUUCAUGAUCAGCCAGAACUUCUACCCCCAUGACAGAGUGCUGGAGUCCCAGGCCUGGAAGAAAGCGGUCUAUGCUGGAGGAGUCGUCAUGGUGUUCUGCUCUUUCUUCCCCCCUGCAUGUGUGUACUACCUGCUGUGGUCCGGCUCCUACAUUUUGUUCCCAACAUCCCUUUGGAGCAGUAAAGUGUAAAAGGGGUUCCGGAUUUUCCCCAAAACUCCCAGAUAGGUUUACCUCUGGGCCAUCCGGGUGAACUGAGGCUUCCUGCCAUGGAGGAUCCAAGCUGAACAUGCUCAUGCACCACAGGCUGACACUCGCUCUAUUUCUUUCUAAUGGUUUUUUUCCAUUGGUGAAAAUACAGGCAGAAUCGUACAAUCCACACUCCUUUAAAAUAACAAUGGCAGCAUAAAAAGAUGAGCAACCCCCCAACCCCUUUAUUUGGUUUGGUUCUUUGCACUCAGUAUUAAAUCUCAGAGUUAAAAAAAAUCAGUUGGCUGUAUGUUAGAAUGUAAAACACUUUGGGUUGAGGUACAGUGUCAGCACAGGGUCUUUCAUUAUAGAGGAUCUUCUCUGGAGUACAGUUUGAUGUUAAUUUAUUGAACCAGUGUCCGUGUGAGGAAGGGAGGUCAGAUUUCCAGUUUACUAAAACGCUUUUUCCCAGCUGCUACUGGCAAAUGAAAUGAAGAGCUUAACAGCGUUGUUCAUUUUCAGUCUCCCAGGAGCCACACUUUAGCAUCCUGUGGAUUAUUCUUUUCUAUCAUCUAUCUGAGGUAGUAAUAGUAAUCAAGUUCAAAAACUCUGCAAUCAUUGGGUAAAGCCAGAUCACAAGUAAAGAAUUUAUAAUUUUACAUUUCUGGCACACAAAACAUUGUUAAAUAUGUGCAGCGUACCAGGUGUUAAGUAUGUUCUGUGCAAGAUGUUGAAAUGAAUUAGUUUGUGCUUAGUGGAGAUUAAAAACCUUUAAUCUUGCUCCAUAAUAAUCAAAUGAGCAAUUUCGAAUCAUUUGUGUUUUUAAGAGGUCUUCAUAUUCAGGACAUAUUAUUGAGAAUAUUGCAAAUAGCUGACGAUAGACCUCCGCUGUUUCUCCAGAGGGGUCUCCUCCGAUAUGCCAGGAGAUCUAUUAGGAGAGUUUGACCCGCUGUUUGAUUUGCAAGUACUGGUUGUGUUGAGGCAGGUAGUAUUUUUGAGAAGAGAAUAUACUUUCUGUGUAUGAGUACCCAACUGUUUUGAUGCCUUUAUCCACCCAACUGAGUGUACCGUCUGCUACGGGAUUUGGAAUAUUUGGGUUGUUCCAUAGUGAAGUGUUUUUAAAGAGUGAACCUUUAGAUUCAAGGAUGAAAUGGGCCUCCUGCCAAGAAACGAGGGUGUUUUGUAUGAUUGGGUUCUUGUUAUUGUACUGUUUGUUUUUAUUACCCAAAAAGGGAACUUCAUUCAGUGGAGUUGUUUGCAAUUAUUGUUUUUGUAUUAAUAUCCACCUGCUUGCAUUGUCUUCUGAAUGUUACCAAAUUCAUAUGGGUCUAAACUGUGAUGCGAGAUAAUAUUUUGGGGAAUUGGGGCGAUUUAAACCAGGUUUAAAGGGUUUCUCGUGCCACAGAAAAAGGAUGCCAUUGCCUUGUUUAGGUCUAUAAAUAUUUUACGGGAAUGCAGUGGAAGAAUUAUAUGGUUUUAGGUAAGAUAAUCAUUUAUAUUGUGUUUAUUCUUCCAAUUAAGGACACAGGUAAGUCCAUCCAUCUUUUAAGGUCAAGCUUGAUUUGAUCUAAUAGUUUAAUGUAAUUUUUUGUGUAUGUUUAUCAAAUUGCAUCCUGACCCAGAUAGAUUCUCGGAUACUUAAAUCUAUUGAGAGACCAUUUACAGGUUGAGGCGAUAUAGGUGACAUUAAAUGGCAGCCCUAUCAUGCACUGUGUUCUGUCAGACAUUUGAGCUGUGGUGGAAAUGAGGCUAGUGGAACCUUAAUGAACAGUUAGAGGUCAUCUGCAUAUAGUGAUACCUUAUGUUCAGCACAGCUAAAUUUAGAUAAUGUUAGAUCUACUGGCACAGCUGUACAGAAGAGAAAGAUGAGGAGGGACCAAAUGCCGUUGGAGAGAAUUCAAGCUUUUGGAGCACUGAAAAUAGUUUUAAUAUAUUUCAUGAAGUUAUGUCCAAAGUUCAUUGCUUCUAGGGUCUCAAAGAGAAAGGUGGGUUCGACUGUGUCACGGGCUUUGAAGGCAUCCAUCGAGACUAUUAUCUUGUUUCUGAGCUGCAUUCAUGUGAAACAGCUGACGCGCAUUAUCAAAACCUUGUCUGUCUUUAAUAAACCCUGUUUGGUCUGCAUGAAUGAUUUUUGACAUAACUUUCACAAGUCUGCUUGCAAACAAUUUGGCUAAUAUUUUAUAAUCUGAAUUUAAUAAAUUUAAGAAGAGUCACA